UUGCAUCAAAGCCGGAAGAUGAUUGUUCUUUGUAUUUCAGCAAAGCAAGCAUGGAUUUUUCUGUCAUAUUGGAGUCUUGGAGAAAUGUAUAGACUAGUACUAAAUUUCGGGUUGUGUCUACUCAAGGGACGAAUGGUCUAAAAGUUCGUGUAAACAGGGUACAGCAGGUACAUCAUGCCUAUCCUCUGUAGUAGCUGUGAGCAGAAACGUGCUGUGCUGAAGCGGCCGAAAACGGGCCACUCGCUCUGCAAGGAAUGCUUCUUCUGGGCCUUUGAGGAAGAGGUGCACCAGACUAUAAUCUCCGCCCGUCUUUUCAGCCCAGGGGAGACGGUGGGGAUCGGAGCGUCGGGUGGGAAGGACUCUACUGUGCUGGCCCAUGUGAUGAAGGUGCUCAAUGAGCGCUACAACUACGGCUUGACGCUCCUGUUGCUUUCAGUGGACGAGGGCAUCACUGGUUACCGUGACGACUCCCUGGAGACCGUGAAGAGGAACCAGCAGCAGUAUGAAUUGCCCUUGACGAUUGUGUCCUAUGAGGAGCUGUAUGGCUGGACCAUGGAUGCCAUAGUCAAGCAGGUGGGCCUGAAGAACAACUGCACCUUCUGCGGGGUUUUCCGAAGGCAGGCACUGGACAGAGGUGCCAUGAUGUUGAACGUGGACAAGAUCUGUACAGGUCACAACGCGGACGACGUGGCGGAGACGGUGCUGAUGAACGUUCUCCGCGGCGACAUCGCCCGGCUGCGGCGCUGUACCGCUAUCAGCACGGCCAGCGAGGGCGAGGGGGUUGUGCCGCGUUGCAAGCCCCUCAAGUACGCCUACGAGAAGGAGAUUGUGCUCUACGCCUACUUCAAGAAGCUGGACUACUUCUCCACCGAAUGCGUCUACUCCCCCAAUGCCUACCGCGGCCACGCCCGGGCCUUCCUCAAGGACCUGGAGGCUGUGCGGCCCAGCGCCAUCAUAGACGUCAUUCACUCCGGGGAGAACCUGUCGGUGCGGGAGGGGGUACGUAUGCCGGUGCAGGGGAGCUGCUCCCGCUGUGGCUACAUCUCCAGCCAGGCGCUCUGCAAGGCCUGUGUGCUGCUGGAAGGGCUCAACCGUGGGCUCCCCCGGCUGGGCAUUGGCAAGCACCACCGCCUGCACGGUAAAAUCCUGGCCAAAGAGCCCCUCACCAAGGAGGAGGAGCGAAAGCUUAAGGCUGUGGACUUCUGACCACAUUCUGGCAGGCAGGACUGAACUCACAUGUUGCACAUUGCAACGGCAAGUUGAAGAGUCCACGUUUCUAGAUAAACUACCAAUAACCCAAUUACGAUGACAGAUGGGACACUCAAAAUGGCUGUGCAAUAUUGAAAGGUGAUAUUUAUGUGGUUGUAAGUUCAUAAAAAUGUGACCUGAUUAGAAUCAUACUUGUAUGCUUUUGAGAGAAAUUGAAACUUAAGCGUACUCUUGAAAUAAGAAAAUACUCAUUCAGAGCUUACUUGUCUGUUGUGUUUUGAUGGUUUAAUAAAGGACCGUCAGCCAUUUCAAAGUAGUGGAAUGAGACUACCUAGCACAGUAUGCUAUUUUUCCAAAUAUAUUUGUUUUAAGUUGUGUUUCCUGUCUUUAUCAGGUCAUUUAUUAUGUAAAUAAAAUUUAUUCUGCAAAAAUAAACAAGCAAAGCCAUAUGUAUUUA